UCGAAAGCAGUCUAUCCGAGAUGAAGUUAUUAACGUUUACCGCAACUUUCGUUUUCCUUUGCCUCUUUCGAAUGGCUUUUUCUCAGUCCAACGAUGGAACCCGUUCUAACUAUUUAGCAACCGAACAUGGGAAACGAUCCGUCUCCAAGUUGUUAAAGACUGUACAAGUUGUGGACGACUUUGCGUGUGUUCGGGAGUGUACUCGCGCCGAGGAAUCAUGCACAUCAGUAAAUUUCUACAAAGACAAGGACUCUGAUGGCAAGCACAUUUGCGAGUUACUCACGGAUGACAAGAAACAAUGCAGAGGUGACCUGGCAAAAGAUGCGGAAGUCGACUUUAUCAGAGUCAAGAAAGAACCGCCCCUUACUUCCGUCUUGUGCUGAGAUCCAAUCAGAACACUGCGAUCUCACCAGCGGCAUAUUCCCCAUCGCCCUCACUCCCUGUCAUCCCCUCGACGUCUACUGCGACCUGGCCACUAGCGGAGGAGGCUGGACUGUCAUCCAGAGGCGCGUGGACGGCUCGGUAGAUUUCUACCGAGGCUGGGACGAGUACAAGCGGGGGUUUGGUGACAAGGAGGGAGAGUUCUGGCUUGGCCUGGAUAAUAUCCACGCUAUGACGUCACAGAGGCGGUACCGUGUACGCUUUGACUUGGAGGACUUCGAGGGGAACACCCGCUACGCCGAGUACGAUGACUUUAGAGUUGGUGAUGAGGCGGCAAAGUACCAGCUUGUUUCAGUUGGUACAUACUCAGGUACAGCUGGUGAUAGUCUCGCCUAUCACAAAGGCAGUUAUUUCUCGACGCGAGAUCGCGAUAACGACGUGUACAUUUAUUCUUGCGCAGUAAUAUAUGAAGGUGCAUGGUGGUUUAAAUCAUGCAUUCAAAGCCAUCUGAACGGCCAUUACCACGUGACCUCAUCUAACGCGGUAACUUCACAUGGAAUCAUUUGGUACCACUGGCAUGGUUAUGGAUACUCACUCAAGAAAUCAGAAAUCAAAGUGCGCCCUUAUUAGGAACCGACCAUUUGAUAUCUGACGGGGAGGUAACAGUUUUUUUUUCUUUUUUAUUUCUCGUAACCCGAGUGUCAGGCCUUUAUUUUGUUCCCUAUGAAGUAUCUUUCUCCAAUUAUAGGAAAAUAAAUAAAUCGUAUGAAACUCAGGCUAUUUAUUUCGAGGUUGGUCACUUGAUUUUUUUUCUUGAAAUUUUCCUGUCUUUAGGUGUUUUUUUCUAGGGAUCAUGGCCUGCUUAUCAUUAUUUAUUCAUUUUAUUUCUUUUAGGGUGGGGUAUCUCGUUACUGAACCGUCGAUACCAUAUGGUCUGUCCCUUAAAACCCACUAACCCGGCAUGCUUGGUAAUUGUUUUCUGUUUUAAAAACCAAAAUUCCUAUUUUUCAAAAAUAUAACCUUCGGUGCAUUAAAUUGGUUUUUUGAUAAUUAAAUCACAGAAACCAACUUCCAUCUGCUUAGAUAUAUGUAAAAUAGAGGUGCUUUGUUAUACAUUUCUCUUUUAUUGUGUUCUUCUACACAGCCGUAUUUGUCAUUGUGCGCAACGGAGAUUUCACUCUUUAAAAAGUUGAAACUUUUCUUUUUAGAAAGUUUUAGGCUUUUAGGGUGUACAUGUUUUGUAGACUUUUGGUCUUACAUCAGUCAGGUUGUUAACACUGAGCCCAGUACAAUCUGCCGCAUUGAGAAAUACAGUCGGCGUCUUAACAGAUACCCCCACCAGUGUCCCUGGUGAGGGGGGUGGCAUGUCACCCUGCAGGAAGAAAAACAAAACCUGUCAAAGGGCGGAUGAGCUCCGUGCGAGCCAACGGCCAACAUGCACUUUUGGGCAGGGGACGCCCAUUAGCCUAGUUUUGGCAAGUUCCCUAAGAGAAGGAAACUCUGAAGUAAAACCAGCUUGACACAGUUCUUGUGUCUUUAUGUAAAUCCAAAUCAAGAAAAGAUAAUGACCAAUCCAUAAAAAGAUUUCAUUUCAAGCAAUAUCAAAGAAAUACUUAUCUAAGUUCAAAUAGAGAAAAUCUUUGUUUACUAUUGUUACUUGAAAAUCUUGAAGGAAUCCGCAUAACAUCCUAAAAAAAGCCCAACAUGGCCGUAGAGUGCUUGAAUUAGAAUCGUAUUAUCAACGAAGCCAAGACACUCUCUUGGUCGCUUACAGCUGACGGACCACAUCCCAAAUGGGCGAGGCCAGGGGGGAACUAAAAAGUACCUGCCUGAUUGAAUGUCACACGGUGAAUAUAAUAAAACUUGUCCAGUCUUGAUGAAGGGAGCCGAGACCCUCCUCUUCCCCAAGUUAGGCCUCGCCCUUGACCCCCUUGACCCAGAGCACGGGCUGCGACAGAGAGUUCUAUUGAUGGCUUUAUUGAUGUACUGUAUAUACUGUAUAUAAAUCAAAAAAGGGAACUUAGUAAAAAAGGGUAAAACUAAGAUGAGGGAAAAAUCCUUUGGAGCACAUAAUGUAUUCAAAAUUAAUCUUAAAUCCAUCGUGUAUCCAUGAAAAUUCCAAACAGUUGUUUAAAUCCAUCGUGUACCCACUUUUAGGAUAUGACCCAAUAAUAAUCUAUGUGUAAUCUAUUGGAUAGAUAAGCACCACUUAAAUACUAAACAGCGAAAUGUUAAAAAAGAAAACUUCACCCGCAAACUAGGUUUCGGUUUGAAAUUGAGGUUUUCAAGGCUUGCAUUUUUAACAUUUUAUUAGAUAUAAUAAUUUGCAUUACAAAAUUCGGGUAAUAUAGUACAGAAGAUUUGCUAAUUACUUUUAGAACUUCCUUGUAGGAACACUUUGAUAAAGUGAUCAGCGAUAGUAUAUAUAUGUAUAUAUAUAUGAGUGGUGAUUUGCUGAUAACUUUUAGAACUAUUGCAUAAAUGAGUAGUAAUAGAAUAAGAGUGGAGAUUUGCUAACGACUUAUAGAACUUUCAUGUAGGAGCACUAUAAUAUAAAUGAUAACAUUUACUGCACGUAAAAACUGUAAAUAAAUGAAAAAUGAAUGCACAAUAAAAAACCUUUUAUUGCC